AUGUUGCGUCAAUCCAAUUCGCCCUGGGCCGAGGCUGGCGAUUCCGCCAUUAUGUUGGGGGAUUCUGGAGGUCGACCAAAAGCCUAUUUGAAUUACGUUUGCUGCGCUUUGCCAGCGCGGGCCUGCUCGGCCGCUUUUACGUGGGAAUCUUCAAAGAAAUUCUGGUUUAGCUUCCUGACCGUCUCAACCAUUUGCGCCAAAGUUCUUCAUAUUUACGCUCAUAUCGACUCCAUUAAGCCCAAAAACUUGUUUCUAUGGGGGCCUACAUUCUUUGUUCAAGACGCAAUUUUCCUUUUGAUAGUUUUUGCGCUCACUCGCAACUUCAAGCGAACAUGGCUGCGCUAUACGGCUUCGACGACGGUCAUUUUGGGGACAUUGAUCCUCUCCACGAUGGCCGCCGCUAAUACCUCGUUCUACUUCACCACCGGUGCCGAAAUCCACUGGCGACAAGCAGGCGGCUUCAACCGCGACCCGGCUUCGAUUAACACGUUGCUCACCGGAUUGACUGGCCUGGUCAUUGUCGAAGUUCUAUACAUUGUUGCAGCUGGGUUGACAACACCAUGGAUUUAUAAUGGCGUGGAAUCGAUGAUCUCGAUCUGGGGCUCAAUGACCAAAGCCAUCUUCAAGCCUGUUGCACCCUACGCAAAGCUUGGCGUCAACAAGGCUCUGAGCCGCUGGAGCAAGGGCCGCGAGGUCUUUGAGAGAAUGAAGCUCUACGAGGCCGUGCCAUUGAGCGACUACGACGAGGAGGAAGACAAGGCUACCCCCAGCGGGGCACCAUUGCUCGACCACCCACCGCAAGCCUUCGAGAACGGACGCUGGAAUUUCCACUGGGCAAAGAGCAUGGAUUGGAAACACGAUAUCGACUGGAAGCUCUGGCUGAAGCGCGCGCUGGUGGUUUUCCCUACCGCAUACAUUUUCUUCGUGCGCUUGCUUCGCCCCUCGAAUUCCUCCUACGGCUUCCUCUCCCAGACGGUCAUCAUCACUCCUUUUGCGGGCGUCGAUUCCGAAAGCAAGCUCGCGCAUAUGUUCAAGGAUCGCACUUUGGAUGGUAAGACGACUGCUCUCACUGCGGUUCCGGAGUUCGACUGGCUCCCCAAGGGCAAGUUCCCCGGUUUCCGCGAUUGGGAGGAUCGAUCUCGGUACUCGCACUAUAACUCGACCGAGGAUCCCCUGCACAUCUCCAACCUGGGCAAGGACAUUCUGAAGCCUAUCAAGGCCGCGCUGGAUAGCGGUGAUGUCAAGAUCAAGCACAUCUUCCUUUUCAAGAUGGAGAGUACUCGCUAUGAUGUUUUCCCGCUCCGAAACAACACUUACCUGUGGGAUCGGAUCCAGAAGUCUUAUAAGGAUAAGAAGGUCCCCAAGGACGUCCAGGAUCGCCUGGUUAACCUCACCCGCACCGCCGAACGUAUCACCGGAUCUCCCUCCGGAUUCCAUCGCAAUGAGACGAUCAAGCCGUACGGAGGCAUCAACCUGCACAACUCCUACACCGGAGGAACGUUCACUCUGAAGAGUAUCGAGGCAACCACCUGUGGUGUCGAGCCUCUAGUCGUUGAUUUCAACCAUGAGUACGAGCAUCACAUCUACCAACCUUGCAUGCCUCACAUCCUCGACAUGUUGAGCGCGACCACGAACAACAGCAAAAGCGACGACUUUACCGACUGGCCCUGGCGCCCUGCAUUCAUGCAGUCCAUCACCGAUACCUACGAUCACCAAGACCGCCUCACUCCCGCUAUGGGCUUUAAGCCUGAGAACACCGUGACCGUCGAGUCUAUCGAUGAAGAGCGCGCAAACGACACUUCUUGGACUGCGGAGAAGUUCAACUUCUGGGGAUACCCCGAUUCCUCGCUUGCUGUGUACUUCCGUGAGGCUAUUGAAAAGGCCGAGCGUGAUCAUGAGCGUCUCUUCCUGACUCACCUGACUGGCAUUACGCAUCACCCCUGGGACACGCCUAAUGGAACGUACGAGGAGCUGAUCGGAUCUCAGACGAAUGCUUUUGGUGGUAAGAAUGACGGGUUGAACCGUUAUCUCAACACCAUCGGUGUCAACGAUCGCUGGUAUGAGGAGUUCUUGAACAUUCUGGAGGAGACCGGAGUUGCCAACGAGACCCUCAUCGUCAUGACUGGUGACCACGGUCUGUCCCUUCCUGAAGAUGGUAACGUCACUCCCUACGAUAACCCUUUGGAGACCAACUUCCACGUGCCUCUGAUCUUUGCCAACCCCCGUCUUCCAACCAUCCAACUCAACGCCUCCGUCUCCUCCGUCCAAAUUCUACCCACCAUCCUCGAUCUCCUCAAAAACUCCGGCUCCCUCGACGACUACAGCACCCGCGCUGUCAGCGAUCUCCUCCCCAUGUACGAGGGCCAGUCCAUCAUUCGUCCAAUCAUCACCCACAACAAGAAGACCUCCUACUACCAAUUCACCGUCAUGAACACCGGCGGCUCAAUGGUCGCCAUGCGCUCCGCCGACGCUCCCUACCGCCUGAUCGUCCCUCUCGUCCCGGAGGUGGAAUUCCGCUUCACCGACGUCAGCAAAGAUCCCCAGGAAGAAAAAGCCAUUAAAGCAUUCGACUUCAAGCCCCUCAAGACGGCCGUCAAAGAAGAUCAUGGCGAAGACGCUGCUCAGUGGGUUAACGAUGCCGCCCGCGCUGCUCAGUGGUGGGUUACCGAUAACUGGAACCGCUACGAGUAUAACCCGCGGAUUCCGAAGAAGCCUCAUCAGUCUUGGCCGAGCACUCACAAGGAGGGUUGA